CUCCACAUCUCCACUGCCACCUUCUCCUUUCAACUUCUCCUUCUCUCUGUCUUCUCUCUCCAAGCCUUUUACACAUUGUAACUACUCAAUUUUGAAGCUCAAAAAAUGUAUUCCGAAUAUUCUCUGCCCUUCCUUCCCUCUGCUGUUGUGCUUAACUAUGAGGUUCUCUUCUUUUUUCUCCUCUUUCUUGCUGUUUUUGCCUUCUGGCUUACUCCCGGUGGGCUUGCUUGGUCUUUCUCCAAGUCCCGUGUCUCCAUUCCUGGUCCUUCGGGGUUGCCUGUUCUGGGGUUGAUGUUAACUUUCACUGGUUCACUCACUCAUCGACUGUUGGCAAAGGUUUCUAAUGGGUUGAAAGCAAAGUCGUUAAUGGCUUUUUCAGUUGGGUUUACUCGUUUUAUAAUUUCUAGCCAUCCGGAGACUGCUAAGGAAAUCCUUAACAGCUCGGCUUUUGCUGAUAGACCAGUAAAGGAGUCUGCUUAUGAGCUUUUGUUCCAUAGGGCGAUGGGUUUUGCACCUUAUGGUGAAUAUUGGAGAAAUCUAAGGAGGAUUUCAGCAACUCAUUUGUUUAGCCCGAAGAGAAUAAUGUGUUUCGGGGAGUUCAGGAGAGAGAUGGGUACAAAGAUGGUGACUGAAAUUGAGAGUUUCAUGGAGACUGAUGGACAUGUUAUGGUGAAAAGAGUUUUGCAUUUUGGGUCACUGAACAAUGUGAUGAGGGCUGUCUUUGGUAGAAGUUAUGAUUUCAAAGAAAAAGAUGGGCGGGAAUUGGAGUAUUUGGUGAGCGAAGGGUAUGAAUUACUUGGAAUAUUUAAUUGGAGUGACCAUUUUCCUUUGUUGGGGUGGUUGGAUUUGCAAGGUGUUAGAAGAAGAUGCAAAGAGCUAGUGGCUCGAGUGAAUAUUUUUGUUGGGAUGAUCAUUGAGGAGCACAGGUUUAAGAGGGCUAAACAUGGUGAAAAAGGUGCAGAUGAAGGUUUUCAUGACUUUGCUGAUGUAUUGCUUGAUUUAGAGAAGGAUAAUAAGCUUAGUGAUUCUGAUAUGAUCGCCGUUCUUUGGGAAAUGAUCUUCCGUGGGACUGAUACCGUGGCCAUUUUACUCGAGUGGAUUCUUGCUAGGAUGGUGUUGCAUCCUGACAUUCAAGCCAAAGCUCAGUGUGAAAUAGACACUGUGAUUGGAAAUGGUCGAUCCGUUUGCGAUUCUGAUUUGCCUAAACUUCCCUACCUCCAAGCCAUAGUGAAGGAGACUCUUAGAAUGCAUCCUCCUGGUCCUUUACUUUCAUGGGCAAGGCUAGCUAUUCAUGAUACCAAAGUUGGUCAUCAUUUGAUUCCUGCUGGCACCACAGCCAUGGUGAACAUGUGGGCUAUCACACACGAUGAAAAGAUUUGGUCACAACCCAAAGAAUUUAUGCCAGAAAGGUUCAUGGAGGAAGAUGUUGCCAUCAUGGGUUCUGAUCUCAGGCUUGCUCCAUUUGGUUCUGGGAGGAGGGUGUGCCCCGGUAAAGCAAUGGGGCUUGCUACUGUUCAGCUUUGGCUAGCUCAGUUGCUUCAAGAAUUCAAGUGGGUUCGUUCAGAAAAUGGUGUGGACUUGUCCGAGUGCCUGAAGUUGUCUUUGGAAAUGAAACACCCUUUGGUUUGCAAGGCUGUUGCUAGGGUUUAUUGAAUGCUUUUUUGGUGGGUGCUGUCUAGGUUUUGGGUUGUUGGCGUGAUGCUCUUUCUUGAUGCUCUUUCUUGAUCGCAGCCAUUAAUUUUGUCCAGACUUGUUUAUAAGUUAUGGUAAUAGCUUUAGUACUUUUCUAAGUUGUCUUAGGGAGGAUAGACUAACUAAUGGUACCGUUCACUUGGUCCCUUGUGCUAGAAAUUUGUUUGUUAUUGUCUUUGGUGUGGUUUGCAAGAGUUUCUACUUGCACUGUACACAACUUCUUUCUGCAUAUCCAAAGCAAUAUGAUUUCUAUGGUUCUAUGA